GUGAGUUUUAAUAAAACGAGUGAUUAAAUAUUACCUGUAAUUAAAACAUUCAUUCAAAUUAAAGUUUUGUGAUCAGCCAGCGGUAACUCAGAAAUUUUAUUUGAUACCUGAUGCUACAACUCAACUGAAUGAAGACAUCCAUUAAAUUAUAGUAAUACUAUAUAUAUACAUACUAUAUAUAUAUACAUAUAUAUAUUUAGAUAUGGAGAAUGAAAUGCACGUGGACGCAUAUUGAUAACACAUAAAGUCUCCUAGUUGAUGACGACGUCAAAUAGUGUUCCUCUAACCACAUCUUGUUACAGAAGCCGGUAGUUUUUGAUGAUCCAUGAAAAAACAAGGAAAUAAUGCUGCGUAAGCCGAAUCUGUAAUAAAAUAUAAGUACAUAUGUUGUAAAAUAUAAAAAAAAAUAAGAUAAGUGUAAAGUAAAGCAAGUAAGUGGUACGGAAGCUGUAGCUGGAUUACGUUUGAUAAAAAAUUUUCAUGCAGUAACGGGAUAUUGCUGAUAAAAAAAGACGCCAUCAGUUGAAAAAAUGCCCAGUGUAUAUUUAGUAUAGAUUUUACCACGUGCUGAGUAUGAACUGCAUCGAAUCUAUAUAUAUAUUGAUGUCUGUGUCUGUGUCUAUAUAUAUGUAUACCUAGUUUCGGUUGUACCUGAGUUUGCUUCGUGUUGGUGUUGGUGUUGGUGCUGGUAGUUGUGGCUUGUGGCUGCGGUAAAAGAAGGAGAGAAAGAUAAACGUAAACGUAAGCGGCGAUUAUCACCGGUCUAGGUAUAGUCUUACGGUCGUUCCCUCCACGUGUCUGCUCUCACAUGAAAUGUAAGUAAAAUAAGCUGUAGCUGUAAGACGAAAUCAAAUGUGGACGAUGAACGAUGAAUGCCGAGACAGUAGUGGGAAAGCAGCCGAGGCAACAGCACACGCGUCGAUAUUUUAAAAACAUCUGCUCCAUUCAUCUCUGAAGAGAGCGGUUAUAUUUAUAUAUAUAUAUAUUUACAUAUAUAGGUUUUGGUUUAAAAUUUUGGGUCCGGGAUCUGGAUCAGGAUUUUUGUUUUUAUUUAUUUGAAUAAAAUUUGUUUUUAAAAAUGCCGGACAAAGUUGCACCAGCGGAGCACCAAAUUUUACCCGCCAAAGUGGCUAAGGAACAACAGAGCGUUAAACUUAAAAAGGAACUUGGAUUGUUGGAUGGAGUUUCGAUUAUUGUGGGAGUUAUUGUUGGCGCCGGAAUUUUUGUGUCUCCUUAUGGUGUUUUGGACAAAAGCGGCAGCAUUGGAUUUUCUUUGAUAGUAUGGAUUUUCUCGGGCCUGCUGUGUCUGGUUGGAGCACUUUGUUAUGCGGAACUGGGAACGAUGAUACCAAAAUCUGGUGGCGACUAUGCAUAUAUAAGUGAUGCAUUCGGACCACUACCAGCAUUUUUAUAUUUAUGGGUUGCAUUAUUUAUUCUAGUACCUACUGGUAAUGCAAUAACUGCCUUAACUUUUGCAAUAUAUAUACUAAAACCCUUCUGGCCUGACUGUGAGCCGAAUUAUGAAGCCGUACGGUUAUUAGCCGCUGUUGUAACAUGCUUUCUUACGGCAAUUAACUGCUACAAUGUCAAGUGGGCGACACGAAUCCAAGAUAUUUUUACCUUUACGAAAAUAUUUGCCCUGAUAUUAAUAAUAGGCGCCGGAUUUUGGCAUUUGUUUUCGAGCGGGCCGCAGAAUCUCAUAAGGCCGAUGGGUGGGACCAAUACAGAGCCCGGUUACAUCGCAGUGGCUGUUUACUCGGGUCUGUUUUCUUACUCCGGGUGGAAUUAUUUGAAUUUCGUUACCGAAGAGCUCAAAGAUCCUUAUCGAAAUUUGCCACGAGCUAUUUGUAUAUCACUACCAUUGAUAACAAUUAUUUAUGUCCUGGCAAAUUUUUCAUAUUUUAUUGUCUUGACUAAGCAAGAAAUUUUAACAUCGACCGCGGUCGCAGUCACAUUCGGUGAUAAAUUACUGGGACCAAUGGCAUGGAUUAUGCCAUUUUUUGUCGCAUGCUCAACAUUCGGUGCUCUAAAUGGUGCGAUAUUCGCUUCAUCACGUUUAUUCUUUGUAGGAGCACGUAAUGGACAUUUACCAAACGCAAUCGCACUUAUAAAUAUAAGAAACUUAACGCCAAUGCCAGCUCUUAUCUUCCUUUGCAUUAUCACACUGGCGCUGUUGGUACCAAAGGACAUUGAGGGGCUGAUCACUUAUGUCAGUUUUGUUGAGGCAGUCUUCAUUACGAUGUCAGUAUCGGGUCUGCUCUGGUUGAGGUACAAAAGGCCUGAUCUUCAUCGACCUAUUAAGGUAUCAUUAGUGCUGCCAAUAUUAUUUUUAAUGAUAUGUAUAUUUUUGGUAACUGUACCCUGUUAUGUCAAACCAUUGGAAGUAGGAAGUGCAGUUAUGAUAAUUUUGUCAGGUAUUCCUGUGUACUUUAUUUUUGUUCAAUGGCAAAAGAAACCCAAGUGGCUGGAAAAUGCUUCCCAUAAUGUCAAUGUCACGUGCGCAAAACUUUUUAUGUGCGUAUCCGAAGAGAAAGAUGACUGAUUAAAAAAAAUAUAUAAACUAAAUUAGAUAAACGAAAAGAAGAUUUCCCAGGUACAAAAAAUUUCAGGCGAAAAAGUUUU